AGUAAAGCCUCCUUCGGUACCUGAUUGCUUGGAGUUGGACCGAACCGACUAACCGGGGACUACUUUGACUUGACCAAGAUGUCGCACGAUGCGCAACAAAAGGGCAGCUCUUUGACAUUGGUGCUCAUGGUUGCAUCUGCAGCCAUUGGAGGAACUCUCCAGUAUGGAUACAACCUGGCUAUCAUGAAUGCACCUAAUACUUUCAUACAGACCUUCAUCAAUGAGACCUUCAGGGAGCGCUGGGCCAUCCAGCUGGAGGACUUCCAGGUGACUCUGGUGUGGACCAUCAUCGUCUCCAUCUUCUCACUCGGUGGUCUUGUGGGGGCUAUCAUCGCGGGGCCCAUGUCCAUUUGCUUCGGGAGGAAAAAAUGCCUGCUGCUCAACAACAUUUUCCUCCUAAGCGGUGCUCUCUUGGCUUUGACAAGUAGAGCUGCCCGAUCUAUUGAAAUGAUCAUUUUGUCACGUGUCCUGAUUGGAAUAAAUGCAGGAAUCAGCAUGAAUGUGCAACCCAUGUAUUUUGGAGAAAGUGCACCAAAGCAUCUCAGAGGGGCUGUGUCCUUGUCCUCUGCAGUUUUUACAUCCUUUGGAGUUGUAUUAGGACAAGUAGUGGGACUCAGAGAGAUAUUGGGCAGUGAAUCAUGUUGGCAGUAUCUUCUUGCCAGUAACGCUAUCCCUGGCUUGAUUCAGCUCCUUACCCUGCCCUGGUUCCCAGAAAGCCCCAGAUACUUACUCAUCGACAGGGGGGACAAGGAGGCCUGCAUCAAUGCUUUACGGCGGUUGCAUGGCUGUGAGGUCGAGAGCAGCGAACUGGCUGAGAUCCUCGAGGAACAAGCCGAAACCAAAGGCAUGAAGCCCUGCGGGCCAUGGGAGCUUUUCCGUGACCGCUCCGUGCGCUGGCAGCUCAUCUCCAUCAUGGUCAUCAGCAGCGCCAUGCAGCUGUGCGGCAACGACUCGAUCUACUUCUAUGCAUCCUAUGUCUUCAAAGAAGCUGGAAUAUCAAACGAGCAAAUCCAGUAUGUCACAAUCGGCACGGGCACGUGUGAGUUCACAGCCUGCAUCAUGUGUAACCUGCUGAUCGAGCGCAAAGGUCGGAGGUUCAUGCUGACGGGAGGCUAUAUCCUCAUGACCGUCUGGGCUGUUGUCUUCACCAUUGCUUUGUCUUUUGAGCACUUAAUAUCCUGGAUGCCUUACCUGAGCAUGACCUGCAUCUUCACCUACAUCCUCAGCUUUGGCAUUGGACCAGCUGGUGUGACUGGAAUCCUGCCCACAGAGAUCUUCAACCAAACUGCUCGGCCGGCGGCCUACAUGAUCGCCGGCUCUAUGAUGUGGCUCAAUCUCUUCGUCGUGGGAAUGAUCUUUCCAUUUCUAGUGAGCACAGCACGCCAGUGUUGUUUCGUGCCUUUCGGGUCUGUGUGUCUGCUCUCUGCGCUGUAUGUUGGCCUGUUCCUGCCGGAGACCAAGGGCAAGUCGUUAUCAGCCAUCACUGGCGAAUUCCACGUGCUCAACUUUAAAAAUGAGGAAGCGCACAGCAGUCAGAUUCAGUAUCAGAUGGGCGAAGUGUGUCCAUCCACUGCCUGGUGAAAUUUAAUCUAAUAGAACUUUAUUCUGUGUUCAGAUAAGUCUACUGCAGAAGUGUGUAUUUGUGUGCGUAAGUAAAAUGAUAUUGUAUGGUGGAUGGGGUGGAGGACAGGCUUUAUCAUGUUGUCGGAUUGUUCAGUUUGCAUGAAGAGCAACAGGGUAUUUGUACAUUCUGCCCUCUAGUGGAUGAACAUUGAAUUGUUUUGUUUUCUUGACAUCGCUGGUCGAUAGGUAGGUAAAAUAAUAACUUAGUAUAAAUCAGUGCUUCUCAAAUAGUGGGGCGCGCCCCCCUUGGGGGGCGCGGUGCUAUUCCUGGGGGGGCGCGUGUGACCCUGGGGAACAGGCUUUUUUUUUGGCAGUACUAGAAUAAAGUGUAAUUGCGCGUUUACUACAGCAGGGGGCAGUGGCGCUCUCAUUGUUACUUCUGUCACGUUUGCGACAGUGCAACAUUUUACGACUUACAAGACAAGUUAGGAUAGUCACGGUGGGGAGGGGGGGCGCAAAUAGUUUUCUUCU